AUGGGAAACAGUUUCACCAUGCAGUUUCGAUGGAUCAUUUCUGUGGCCGUUUUGGCGUCUCUGCUGUCGCGCUUGGAGUGCAAGACUCCCACCUCGAUCGUUGACUUCGAUGAUCCAGCCAUGCUGCAGCGCUGGAAUCGCGCUCUGCAGGCCAUCAACGCUGCGGAACGGCAGCGGCAGCAGGACAAGGCACAGCCCAAUCCCGUGCCAGUUGUCAGGCAACAGCGACCCAACGACAAGCGCCUAAGAUGGCGCAGCAACAGCAAGCAGCUGCGACUGCAUCCCAGGAGGAGCUUCGCAGGGCAAUCAGCUCGUGCUGCCGCCACGUACACCUCCACAAUAAAUGUAAAUGCGCCGAAUCCGACAUAUCUCGAUGUCAAGGACUACGUGCGAUCUGAGCCACCCUGGUGGUUCAACUGA